CGCCCAGCGAAGAUGGCGGCUGAGCUGCAUCCGCGCAGCGGAAAGCUGAUCGGCCUGUCGAAUUCAAACCGAACAGCCCAGCGAAACCAACCAAUUCAGGAAUUCAACCAUGGUUUGGUCUUGAGCCGGGAGCCCCUUAGGGACCGCGAUGUCUUUACCGUUAGAAUCGACAAGAAGGUGAACUCGUGGAGUGGCUCCAUAGAGAUUGGCGUGACGGCUUUGGACCCGGCGGCUCUUGACUUCCCCAGCAGUGCCACGGGCCUGAAGGGCGGAUCCUGGAUCGUCUCGGGCUGCUCGGUGCUGAAGGACGGGCGCUCGGUGCUGGAGGAGUACGGGCGGGACCUGGACCAGCUGGCGGAGGGCGACCGCGUUGGCAUCCAGCGUGACGGGCGCGGGCAGCUGCACCUGUGGGUCAACGGGCAGGACUGCGGCCCCGCCGCCUCGGGCCUCCCGCCGCGCCUCUGGGCUGUGGUGGACCUCUACGGCAAGUGCACACAGGUGACCGUGGUCAGCUGCGAACCGCCACCGUCCGACGGUGACCCCCUAGAGGAGGAGUGCAGGGCGGCGAGCGAGGAAGUGGUGUGCGGCGCGGAGGAGGACGAGGAAGAGGAGGACGAGGAAGAGGAGGAGGAGGAGGAGGGAGAAGAGGAAGAGGAAGAGGAAGAGGAGGAGCAAGCGGAGGGCGUGUCCGCCAGGGGGCGUGCCCCUUCAACGCACCGCCACCACCGGGACAAUGUGGCGCUCUCCGACGCUAUAGCGGCGGGAACGGCCGCGCUGAACAGAGCCACAGAGGAAGUGCCUGAGCGCUCGAGACGUCACAGCCGACCAGACAAAUUCCCUCACAAUCUAGAAACAGAGACAGUGUUGACGGAGCACCAGCUCUUUGACGUCUUCAACAACGCCAUCGUCUCGCUGUACCGCUCGGAGGAUGAGGGCGGUGGCGGCGGUGGAGGAGGACCCCUAGGAGGCUCUGGGUCCGGAGGUGGAGGAGGAGGAGAGACGGACUCUUCAUCCAGGGUGGGCAUGGACACCUCGUCUGGCCGGACUGGGGGUGGGGGAGGAGGGAGCGGAGGCUCCACCGGAGGGGACAACAGCAGCAACAGCAGCCUGGGCGUGGGGGGAACGACGCCCAAUGGCACGGACGGCUCGGGACACAGCCCCGCCAGUGUUGGUGGUGGCAUUGGAGGAGGAGGAGGAGGAGGUGGUGGAGGAGGAGUGGGUGGGCUUGGAGGUCCGGGGGGUGGUGGGGGUGGUGGAGGAGGUGCGACGGGUAUGGGCUCGGUAUCCAUGACGACCAACGACGCGCUGCUGUUCCACGAGAAGUGCGGCACGCUGAUCAAGCUUAGCAACAACAACAAGACGGCGGAGCGACGGCGGCCACUGGACGAGUUUAACAACGGGGUGGUCAUGACCAACCGGCCCCUGAGACACAACGAGAUGUUCGAGAUCCGCAUCGAUAAACUAGUGGAUAAGUGGUCGGGGUCGAUUGAGAUUGGCGUGACGACGCACAAUCCCAACAACCUGGACUACCCUGCCACAAUGACCAACCUGCGUUCAGGAACGAUUAUGAUGAGUGGUUGUGGAAUUCUGACCAACGGAAAAGGCACUCGACGGGAGUACUGUGAAUUCAGCCUGGAUGAACUACAAGAGGGAGAUCACAUAGGUCUGAUGAGGAAAGCCAGUGGGGCGCUGCACUUCUACAUCAACGGCAUAGACCAAGGAGUAGCGGCGGCCCAGACCCCGGCUGUGGUGUACGGCGUGGUUGACCUGUACGGUAUGGCCGUGAAGGUGACCAUUGUCCACAACCACAACCACAGCGACCGGCUGCGGCGCAACAACGCCAUCAUGCGCGCCCUCUCGCCGGACGUGGGCCGGCCCCGGCCCGCGCUCUCCUCGCUCACCCCCGACCCCGAGGCGCAGGACCGGCUGCUCUUCCACCCCAACUGCGGGCAGAAGGCGGCCAUCAUCAGCGACGGGAGGACGGCACUGCGCCCACAUGCGACUGACGACUUCAACCACGGGGUGGUCCUGAGCAGCCGGCCGCUGCGCUCCAACGAGGUCUUCCAGGUGCGCAUCGACAAGAUGGUGGACAAGUGGGCGGGCUCCAUCGAGAUCGGCGUGACGACACACAACCCCGCCUACCUGCAGCUGCCCUCCACCAUGACCAACCUGCGCUCAGGGACGUGGAUGAUGACGGGGAAUGGCGUGAUGCAUAAUGGCACCACCAUCCUGGAUGAAUACGGUCAUAACCUGGACCGCCUCAAAGCGGGUGACACGGUGGGCGUGGUGCGGAAGGAGGAUGGCAGUCUGCACUUCUUCGUGAACGGGGUGGCUCAGGGCCCCGCCGCUUGGAAUGUGCCGGCCUGCGUCUACGCCGUGGUGGACCUCUACGGACAGGCAGCCCAGGCCACCAUCAUGGACGACAUGGCGGACCUGCCUCCCCUGCCGGACGACUGCUCGGAGGGCCCGACGGCCAUGUCUCCCGGCAGCCCCUGCUCGGUGGGCGGGGCCAACCCCACCAACGACCUGCGCUUCCACCAGCUGCACGGCACCAACGCCGUCAUCACCAACGGAGGACGCACCGCCCUGCGCCAGAACUGCCGCAGCGAGUUCAACGAUGCCAUAGUCAUCUCCAAUAGGUGCCUUCGAGACGGAGAGUUGUUUGAGAUUCAGAUUCAGAAGAUGGUAGACCGCUGGUCGGGAUCAAUCGAAGCAGGAGUCACUGCAAUCAGACCGGAGGAGCUGGAGUUUCCCAACACCAUGACCGAUAUAGACUAUGACACGUGGAUGCUCAGUGGCACGGCCAUCAUGCAGGAUGGCAACACCAUGCGUAACAACUACGGCUGCGAUCUGGACUCCCUCACCACGGGCUCCCGCAUCGGCAUGAUGCGCUCGGCCACAGGGGACCUGCACUACUACAUCAACGGCCUCGACCAGGGGGUGGCCUGCACCGGCCUGCCCUCAGAGGUGUUUGCUGUAGUUGACCUGUAUGGCCAGUGCGUGCAGGUGUCCAUCACCAGCUCUUCAGGGCCGCUGGACAACAGCUUAUGUACCAGCAACAUCACAGAGAAGAGCUUCCCCAUACACUCUCCAGUGGCAGGGGUGGCCCAUCGGUUGCACAGCAAACACGGCAAGAACAUGGUGCUGCUGGGAGACGGUUGCCAGGCGCUGAGGGUGGGCAGCUACGCGCACGGCGUGGUCUUCAGCGCCAAGGAACUCAAGACGGACGAACUGUUCGAGGUGAAGAUAAACGAGGUGGCGGAGCAGUGGGCGGGCUCGCUGCACAUCGGCCUGACGACGCUACAGCCGUCGGAGCUGCCCUCGUGCCCGCUGAGCGAGCUGUCGCAGCAGCUGCCCUCGCUCACCCACCUGCGCUCCAAGGGCACCUGGCUGCUAUCCGGCUCCGAGGUGCGGCGCAACGGCCUGCUGCAGCGCCAGAACUACGGCUGCUCGCUCGACAGACUCACGGUGGGGAACCGUGUCGGCGUGAAGAGGUGUAGUGACGACACCAUGCACAUCUUCAUUGAUGGAGAGGAUAUGGGACCAGCUGCCACGGCUGUAGCCAAGAAUGUGUACGCGGUGCUGGACCUGUACGGCAAGGUGACGGCCAUCUCGGUGGUCAGCUCGUCGGCCUCGGAGGACACGGAGAGCGUCAAGGCCCCCUCGCUCUCCUCCGACAGCUGCAGCGAGGGAGAGGACGACAGCACGCCGUGCGAGGCUGAGGUGCCCGCUCAGGUGGCGGCGCCCACGGCCAUGGCGUUCCUGGAGAACCACGGCAAGAACAUCCAGCUGUCCAACCAGAACCUGACGGCCGCCCGCGUCUCCAGCUACAACCAGGGCCUGCUGGUCACCGCACAGCCUUUACCACGCCAACAACUCUUCCAGUUCCAGAUCGAUCGUCUGAACCCGUCGUGGACGUCGUCUCUGUCGCUGGGCGUGAUUGGCUGCUCCCCCGACCGCCUCAACUUCCCCUCCACCGCCUGCUGCCUCAAGCGCUCCGUCUGGCUGCUGCAGAGGGACUCCGUCUUCCACAACUCACUCAAGAUCUGUGAGAACUACGGGCCCAACCUGGACACGUGUCCCGAGGGCACGGUGCUGGGGCUGCUGGUGGACUCCAGUAGCUGCCUGCACCUCUACGUCAACGGCAUGGACCAGGGGGUGGCCGUGCAGGACCUGCCCUCCCCCUGCUACCCCCUCAUCGACCUCUACGGACAGUGCGAGCAGGUAACCAUAGUGACGAAUAACGUGCCUGAGGUGGGGGCGGAAGGCGGGGAGACACGUUGCCAGGGAGACAUGGAGAAAGCGGACAUGGUUGAUGGGAUCAAAGAGAGUGUGUGCUGGACGCCCCCUCCUGAGGUGAACCCCAACAAGACGUGUGAAUACCAGGCCCUCUGCUCCCGCUUCAAAGACCUGCUCACCCUGCCUGAUGGCUACUUUAACGAGGAUGCCAAGUAUAACCUGUGUUACUGUGAGUCCUGCCACAAGCUGCGUGGCGACGAGGCCUACUACAAGCGCGGGGAGCCCCCCCGGGACUACGCCCUCCCCUUUGGCUGGUGCCGAUUCGCCCUACGGAUCAAGCCGCACUGUGAGGUGUCCAAUGCCUUUAAGAAAUGGCACAUCGCCUACCACGGCACCAGCGUAGGAGCCCUCCGACGCACGCUGGACCUCAGCCAGCUCCUCCCAGCUGAGUCGUCGUCCAUCUUCACGGUGUCUCCGGUGAAGACGGAGAGCCAGAGCAGCUACGGCGAGCCAGAGGAGAACAGCGCCCCCGAGAGGGAACGAGAGAGGGAGCGAGAGCGGGACAGAGACAGAGACCGAGAGAGGGAGAGGGAGAAUGAGCGGGAGCGGGAGAGGGACAGGGACGCGCCCCGGGUGCAGCUCUCGCCCACCAUGCGCUACUCCGGACUGGAGGUCUUCGCCCCUAAAGUGCAAUUCCGGGACACGCGGUCGCACCGCUGCCACCAGGCCCAGGUGGCGUUGCAGGUGUGCGUGCGGCCCGGCUCCUACAAGGCCGGCCCACAGACGCUGGGCCUCAGCGAGCCGCUGGACCCGCGCUUCAGCAACGCCGAGAUCGAGUGGGUCACCAAGGAACGCGGCGGCACCUUGCUCUACGGCCUGCUCAUACGGGUGGAGUAACGCAAAGAGGACCUGAGGGAAAGCACCUCACCGUGGAGGAGGGCGAGGGGGGGAAGGUUCUGCGGAGAAGAGAGCGAGAGAGAGGGGUUGGUUGGUGCUGGGGAUGGAUGGAUGGAUGGAUGGAUGGAUGGAUGCGUGGAUGAGCAGGGAUGACGGAAGGAUUGUCGUAAUUUAAAGAACGCCCGAACAAAGAAGACGACGAGAAGAUGGUGUGAAGUGAUGGAGGGGCGGAGGUGUGCCAGUUUUGUGCCUCCUUUUCCUGUUCAACCAAAAUAGUAUCUCCCUCUUCCUCCCUCCACACCCCCGCGCCCAGCUACCUAAGCAAGCCACCACCCGUCCAGCCCCUCUCCUCUCCUCUCCUCUCCCCUCCCGGACCUGCCCCCAUCGUGUGUUAUUUUUUACAAAGCAGCCACACUCCCGAGUCUCGGUGGCCAGACUCCUGAGUCCCGGCUCUCUCGAUGUCUCUCUCUCGCUCUCUGGUGAGAUCGGAGUUCAGAGAGAUCAGAGAUGCAGCCUGCACUUUAUGUUGAUUGAAGACUGGAGGGGAGGGGGAGGACUUUAAAACCCAACAAAACGAGCUCACAACAAGAACAAAAUCAACACAAUAGGGUCACCGCACCACCGGUGCACGGGCCCUAAAUCAGUAACUGAAACCUUUCGUUCUGCUUUUGCGCAGGUUUUAAUGUAUUCCUUCCCCCACCACGGUUGUCCUAAUGUGGGAUUUACUGUAGUCCUGUCCUAUCCCUCCCUCCCUCCAAAGCCCUUAUUUGUUGACCCUGUUUUGGAUAUAAGCUGGAAGACCCUGCUCUCUCUCUCUUCUAUUAAGGGGGGGUGAGAGUGGGGUACCGAACCCCCCCCCCCAACCACACCUACCCAAACUUCCGCCUUCCUGAUGUCGGAGGUUGGCCUGGAAUCCUGCGGACUCUACUGUUCAGCUCCUCAGCUCAGGCUAAUCCGGGAAAUUUUUUUUUCAAGGAAAAGCGAAAAUACAACUUUUCACUGGGAGGAAAAAUCGACUUGAAGAAGAAAAAAAAACCUUCAACAAAACCAACCAAGUAACAAUUUAGCCAACAAAUGAAUACAUCAUCACAACAACAACAAUAACAACAACAAACUGACACAAAGACAGAAAAAAACUGAAAAUAACAAAAAAAAUCGACUUGAAUAUCAAACUGAGAUCAGGAAGACGACAACUUCAGCAGCCUGUUUUUAGGAGGAGGGGAGUAUGGAAAGCGUUGAAAAAAAGAGGAGAAAACUAAACAAUUAAACCCAUGUUUACAGGCGUUAUGACAUACUCUCGGCAGCAGAAUUCGAGCAGCUGAACACACAACUUUGCUCAUCCUUGUUCAGUUUCCUCCUUGUGCUGUCUCACCACAGUCUUGUCUUUUGUGUUCAUUUGUUUGUUUAUUUUUUUGUAUGUUUUUCUUUUUUUUAAUCGGUUUUGUUGUCUUUGUUUCAGUGCCAUCCACGUGCAAGCUUGUGUCUUGUCUCGGUCCUCCCAAAUGGCAGCCAUUUUGAGUCAGUCAAGACCCUCUUCCCCCCCGAAGCUGAAAAUGUUUUUAAUUUGCCACCCCUCUUUUUACAGUCUUCUCCUUCUCGCCAUGGGUGCAAGUCAAACGACCUUCUCCCAUCCUUUCCUGGUCCUCCCAUCCUCUUGUCUCGGUGUUGUCCCGUCCUCUGUGGAGGAAACAAUAAAGAUCCCUCGCUGUUAACUAGCGCAGGGGUACGUUUCUUGACAACAUUGUUGCUUACUAAGUUAGCAACUUACUCAGUUGCAGUGCAAUUUCCCAUUAGCAACUUAGUAAGUUGCUAACUGGUUAGCAACAACGCUGCCAAGAAACGGGGUCCAGAAAGAUGUUUUGAGGGCUUUCCUCCAUUCAACACGUUGAUUGCAUAUGAAUGCAUAUAUUGUGUUUUUGCAAGAUAUUGAAUAACCUUUGAUCAUCAAUGAGGAGGAGCCUGGAGUCACAAGGCAGGAGGCCACAGGAAAGGACCUUAGGAAGUGAUUUGACUUGCACCCAACGCCUUUAGCUGUCCAGUUUUACUACGCAGCCCCCCUUGCUGUUCCUUAAUCAGCUAAAUUUGCAUUUCGUAAUUUAAUAAGGCCUGCAGUUAUUGCUCUUAGAGCAGCAUCUUGGCACAAGAGCACAUUUUUACUCAAGGAAGGGGCAUGACAAAUAAUAACCAAACAUAGGUUUACCAGCGAGCUGUCUAGACUGUUAUACUGCUCCCUUCAGCGUGAACAGGAAUUACAUUGCUAGUUAAAUUAACUUUUAAAAAAACACUUUACAGUGUUGCUGUUUUGGCCGUGAUUUCAUUUCAGCUCAUUCAUCUCAUCUCCCAUCUUGACUGCACUCUCUUGUCCAACCUAUUCUGUGUUUCGUCUUCACGUAGCUCUUUUUCUUUUGAAAGUCUUCCUCAAAGACCCAUGGAUGUUGAGCACUGUUUGAGAGGGAUGCAGGUUACCGCAGGUCAGACAGUGCCAUCAAGUGUGCCUCUCUGGUGCUGUGCAAAGGAUCUUGGGAAAUGUAGCCCUUCGUCUGAAGGACGUAGCGCUCUUAUGUGAAUGUGAGUGUUUUUUCUUUUCUUUUUUUGAAUAAAUUAUUUUUUUCGUU